AUGGCAGGACAAUUGCCUAUUAAAUUUCAAGAACAUCUUCAAUUACAAAGUGUUGGUAUCAAUGUUACAAACAUCGGUUUUAGUUCUCUUACGAUGGAGUCCGAUAAAUUUAUAUGUGUACGUGAAAAAGUUAAUGAUACAGCUUAUGUUAUUAUUAUUGAUAUGGCUGAUCCAACUAAUCCAAUUAAAAGACCAAUUACUGCGGACUCAGCAAUUAUGAAUCCAACAAGUAAAGUUAUUGCAUUAAAAGCUGGAAAAACGUUACAAAUUUUUAAUAUUGAAUUUCGUAGUCGAAUUAAAACAUAUGAUGUGACAGAAGAUUGUAUUUUUUGGAAAUGGGUUAGUGUCAAUGCAAUUGGUAUUGUCACUGAAACAUCUGUUUAUCAUUGGUCUAUGGAAGGUGAUAGUCAACCAGUUAAAAUGUUCGAUCGUCAUCAAAGUUUAGUUGGAUGUCAAAUAAUUAAUUAUCGUACUGAUGAAUCAUUACAAUGGCUUCUUGUUAACGGUAUUCAAGCUCAGGAAGGUCGUGUUGUUGGUCGUAUGCAACUUUAUUCAGUUGAACGUAAAGUUUCACAACCAAUUGAAGGACAUGCUGCUGCAUUUACACAAUUUAAACUUGAAGCAAAUAAAAAAUCAUCAACACUUUUUUCAUUUGCUGUUCGGGGUCCACAAGGAGGAAAACUUCAUAUUAUCGAAGUUGGAACACCAGCACCAGAUAAUCAAGCAUUUCAAAAGAAAGCAAUUGAUGUUCAAUUUCCAGCUGAGGCACCAAAUGAUUUUCCAGUUGCUAUGCAAACAUCAGCUAAACAUGGUGUCAUUUAUUUAGUUACAAAAUAUGGUUAUGUACACAUAUUUGAUAUUGAAAGUGGAACACUUAUUUAUAUGAAUCGUAUUAGUGCUGAUACAAUGUUUGUUACAGCACCAUAUGAACCAACAUCAGGCAUUAUUGCUGUUAACCGUAAAGGACAAGUUCUAUCAGUCAGUAUUGAUGAAGAUAAUGUUGUUUUAUAUGUUCAAAAUACAUUAGGCAAUGCUGAACUUGCUUAUAAAAUGUCAGCACGAUGUAAUUUACCGGGUGCUGAUCAAUUAUUUGUCGCACGAUUUGCACAAUUAUUUCAAAGUGGAAAUUAUAGUGAAGCAGCUAAAGUUGCUGCUACAGCUCCACGGGGAAUACUUCGUACCCAACAAACAAUUCAACAAUUUCAAACAGUACCACCACAAGCAAAUCAACCAUCACCAUUACUUCAAUAUUUUAGUAUUUUAUUAGAAUCAAGUAAAUUAAAUAAAGAAGAAUCAAUUGAAUUAUGCAGACCAGUUGUAAUGCAAGGAAAAAAACAAUUAUUAGAAAAAUGGUUAAAAGAAGAUAAACUUGACUGUAGUGAACAAUUAGGUGAUAUUGUUAAAUCACGUGAUUCCACAUUAGCAUUAUCAGUUUAUUUACGUGCUAAUAUACCAAUGAAAGUUAUUCAAUGUUUUGCUGAAACAGGUCAAUAUCAAAAAAUAGUUCUCUAUGCUAAAAAAGUUAAUUAUCAACCGGAUUAUAUUUAUCUUUUACGAAGUAUAAUGAGAAUUAAUCCUGAACAAGGUACUCAAUUUGCACAAUUACUUGUUCAAGAUAGUGAACCAUUAGCUGAUUUAACACAAGUUGUUGAUGUUUUUCUUGAACAAAAUCUUGUUCAACAAUGUACAGCAUUUUUACUUGAUGCUUUAAAAAAUAAUCGAGAAGACCAAGGACAUUUACAAACACGUUUAUUAGAAAUGAAUUUAAUGCAAGCACCACAAGUUGCUGAUGCUAUUUUGGGUAAUAAUAUGUUUACACAUUAUGAUCGACCACAUAUUGCACAAUUAUGUGAAAAAGCUGGUUUACUUCAACGUGCACUUGAACAUUAUACAGAUUUAUAUGAUAUUAAACGAGCUGUCGUACAUACACAUUUACUUAAUCCAGAAUGGCUUGUUAAUUAUUUUGGUCGAUUAUCAGUUGAUGAUUGUCUUGAAUGUUUAAAAGCAAUGCUUCAAGCAAAUAUUCGUCAAAAUUUACAAGUUGUUGUACAAAUUGCAACUACAUAUCAUGCACAACUUGGAACACAAAAACUUAUUGAAUUAUUUGAAUCAUUCAAAAGUUAUGAAGGUCUUUUUUAUUUUCUUGGCUCAAUUGUUAAUUUCAGUCAAGAGCCAGAUGUUCAUUUUAAAUAUAUACAAGCAGCAUGUAAAACAGGUCAGAUAAAAGAAGUUGAACGUAUUUGUCGAGAAUCGAAUUGUUAUGAUCCUGAACGUGUUAAAAAUUUCUUAAAAGAAGCUAAAUUAACUGAUCAAUUACCAUUAAUUAUUGUAUGCGAUCGAUUUAAUUUUGUUCAUGAUCUUGUUCUUUAUUUAUAUCGAAAUAAUUUAAUGAAAAAUAUUGAAAUUUACGUUCAACGAGUUAAUUCAGGUCGUUUACCAGUUGUUGUUGGUGGUUUACUUGAUGUUGAUUGCAGUGAAGAUAAUAUAAAACAGUUAAUUCUUUCUGUACGCGGUAAUUUUAAUGUUGAUGAACUUGUUGAAGAAGUUGAAAAACGAAAUCGAACAAAAUUACUUUUACCAUGGCUUGAAACACGUGUUCAUGAUGGUAGUACAGAUUCAGGUGUUCAUAAUGCAUUAGCUAAAAUUUAUAUUGAUUCAAAUAGCAAUCCAGAAAAAUUUCUUCGAGAAAAUCCUUAUUAUGAUAAUCGAGUUGUUGGAAAAUAUUGUGAAAAACGAGAUCCACAUUUAGCUUGUGUUGCUUAUGAACGUGGAGGUUGUGAUAUGGAACUUGUCACUGUAACACGUUAUUUGGUUCGUCGUAAAGAUCCAACAUUAUGGGAACAUGUUUUACGUGAAGAUAAUCAAUAUCGUCGACCAUUAAUUGAUCAAGUUAUUCAAACAGCUUUAGCUGAAACUCAAGAUCCAGAAGAAAUAUCUAUUACAGUUAAAGCAUUUAUGGCUGCUGACUUGCCAAAUAAUUUAAUUGAAUUAUUAGAAAAAAUUGUUAUUGAUAAUUCAGUAUUUAGUGAACAUCGUAAUUUACAAAACUUACUUAUUUUAACUGCAAUUAAGGCUGAUCGUACACGUGUUAUGGAUUAUAUAAAUCGUUUAGAAAAUUAUGACGCACCCGAUAUAGCUAAUAUUGCAAUUAGUAAUCAAUUAUUUGAAGAAGCUUUUUCAAUUUAUAAAAAAUUCCAAGUUAAUACAUCAGCUAUUCAAGUCCUUAUUGAUCAUAUUAAAAAUUUGGAUCGAGCUUAUGAAUUUGCUGAACGUUGUAAUGAGCCUGGCGUAUGGAGUUUAUUAGCUAAUGCACAAAUACGUCAAGGUUUGGUUAAAGAAUCUAUUGAUUCAUUUAUUAAAGCUGAUGAUCCAACAUCAUAUCUUGAAGUUGUUAAUGUUGCAACACAAAAUCAAAGCUGGGAAGAUUUAGUUCGCUAUUUACAAAUGGCUCGUAAGAAAGCAAGAGAAACAUUUGUUGAAACUGAAUUAGCAUUUGCUUAUGCAAAAACAAAUCGUCUUGCCGAACUUGAAGAAUUUAUUUCAGCACCAAAUCAUGCUCAAAUUCAAGCAGUUGGUGAUCGAUGUUUCGAACAAGAAAUGUACGAAGCUGCUAAAAUUCUUUAUAACAAUAUAUCAAAUUAUGCCAAAUUAGCUGUUACCUUAUGUCAUUUGGGUGAUUAUCAAGGUGCAGUUGAUAGUGCACGCAAAGCUAAUUCUACAAAAACAUGGAAAGAAAUUUGCUUUGCUUGUAUUGACAAACAAGAAUUUCGUUUAGCACAAAUGUGUGGUAUACAAAUUGUUGUACAAGCUGAAGAACUUGAAGAAUUAAUAAAUUAUUAUCAAAAUCGUGGUUAUUUUGAAGAAUUAAUUCAAUUACUUGAAGCAGCACUUGGCCAUGAACGUGCACAUAUUGGCAUGUUUACUGAAUUAGCUAUACUCUACUCGAAAUAUAAACCACAAAAAAUGCGUGAACAUUUAGAAUUAUUUUGGUCACGUGUUCGAAAACCAAAAGUUUUACGUGCAUGUGAACAAGCACAUCUUUGGUCUGAACUUGUAUUUCUCUAUGAUAAAUAUGAAGAAUUUGAUAAUGCUAUAUUAACCAUGAUGUCACAUCCAUCAGAAGCAUGGCGUGAAAAUCAUUUUAAAGAUAUUAUUAGUAAAGUAGCUAAUAUUGAAUUAUAUCAUAAAGCAAUUGAUUUUUAUUUGGAAUUUAAACCAAUGUUAUUGAAUGAUUUACUUUUAAUUUUAUCACCACGUCUAGAUCAUACACGUGCAGUCAGUUAUUUUAUCAAAGUUAAACAACUUCCAUUAGUUAAACCAUAUUUACGUUCCGUUCAAAAUAUAAAUAAUAAAGCUAUUAAUGAAGCACUUAAUAAUUUAUUAAUUGAAGAAGAAGAUUACCAAGGUUUAAGAAAUUCAAUUGAUGCCUAUGACAAUUUUGAUAAUAUGACAUUAGCACAACGUCUUGAAAAACAUGAAUUAAUUGAAUUUCGACGAAUUGCUGCUUAUCUUUAUAGAGGAAAUAAUCGAUGGAAACAAGCUGUAGAAUUAUGUAAAAAAGAUCGAUUAUAUAAGGAUUCAAUGACUUAUGCAUCCGAUUCACGACAAAUUGAGAUAGCUGAAGAAUUAAUAUCUUGGUUCCUUGAUGAAAAAUUAUUUGAAUGUUUUGGUGCAUGUUUAUUUCAAUGUUACGAUCUCUUACGUCCUGAUGUUAUCCUUGAACUUGCAUGGCGUCAUGAUAUUAUGAGCUUUGCAAUGCCUUAUAUGAUUCAAAUUAUGCGCGAAUAUGUUACAAAAGUUGAUAAACUUGAACAAUCAGAUCAACUUCGUACAGAAAAUGAAACAGCUAAUGAACAAAAACCAAUUGAUUUUAAUUCACAAGGUCCAUUAAUGAUUACAGGACCUGGUAUAAGUGCUUUUCCACAACCAGGUUUUGGUGCUGCCGCUUAUCCACAAUAUAGUGGUGCACCAGGUUAUUCAGGAUAUUAA